UAAAUUUUGGAUUACCAGAAUCCCAAUAUCUCUGGGAACUAGGAAGACUUUUUGUCAUAAAGUUCACCAUGGGAAUGAAUUGAAAAUGGCUGAAAAUUGACCAAUAAUAAAUGUUCCCAUUUUUCUAAAGGGGAACAGAUUUUCAGGGCCUCUGUGUUAGGCGGAAAGUUAUAAAGCAUCCACAGUGAUCGUCUGAUUUAGGAGAGGGCCCCUGUAUUGUGAAAGCAAGAAGAUUCAUACAGAGAGGGAUUGUGUAGUUCAGAGAGAGAGGGAGGGAGGGAGGGAUGAAAGACUUGUUUGGGAGCCCAGGGAAGGUGAGUGGGCUUCUUCUAAGGAUAGGACAAUGCUUGUUUGCUUCUGCUUCUAUUGGUGUUAUGGCCUCUGCUUCUGGCUUCUCUACCACUACUGCUUUUUGCUACUUAAUUGCCUCAAUGGGUCUUCAAUUCUUGUGGAGUUUUGGACUUGUGUGCCUUGAUAUUCAUGCGCUGAGGCUGAAAAGAGACCUGCAUAGUCAUGUCUUAGUGAGCUUGUUUGUUGUAGGCGAUUGGGUGACCUCUGUUCUAUCACUUGCAGCUGCAUGCUCAGCGACUGGUGUGGUUAUCCUGCUUAGUAGAGAUACAAAUUUCUGCUGGGUAGAGAAGCAACUCGCUUGCAGUACGUUCAAAAUUUCGGUAGCUUUGGCUUUCGUUUCUUGGUUCCUCCUCGCAAUAUCUUCUUUUGUCAUGUUCUGGCUUCUGGCCUCUGUCUAAAGGAUUCGGUUUUUGUGCGUGUGUGCGUGUGUGAUCUGCCGUUUAAAGAAUUUGUAUUGCCGUAGUAACUGAAUGCAGUGCAUGCUGCUCAGUGUAAAUAUACUCCUAUAUUGUAACUACUGAACACAUUUACUGGAAAUGGUUCAUUAUUUUCCCCUCCAA